AUGAGACGGCUUGGACUUGAUCAGAGUUUGUUCACUCUACUGUUGAAUGCUUUCGACGAUCUUAAUUCAAAUGAUUCAACGAUGACAUUGGAAGCAUCGACUCUUACGUCAAAAAUGUCUGAAAAGAAAGUAAUCUCGCCUCCACUGUCUGCAUUAGCAGGGCAAGUUGUUGUUGACUUGAAGCUGCAGUACCGCAUGAAUGCGCCUAUUCUUAGUCUAGCCAAUCGACUGACUUACUCCAACCGCAUGGAAUGUGCCAAUAAAACUAUAUCAGAAGCGACAAUAAAAAAUCUACUGUCUUCCGAGGACAUAGCACGUUUUGAUAGAACAGUAAAUAAUAUUGUAAUUCUUAAUAAAGGUUUUUCUUAUAAAAAUGCAGUAGGCGCUUAUGUUUCUUCUAUUUAA